GCGGCAGCAGCCCGCGAGCGCCCGGGGGUGGACAUUGAUCCUAUGACGCAUGCCCGGAAGAAACCGCUCUUACUUCUGAAACACUCAGCUGGUUCUGUGGGUCAAGCUUUGUCACCGAUUGACGGUGAGAGAAUGGAUAGGACUGAGGCGGAGGACAGCGAGCAAGGAAAUGGUACCGAGGGGCAAAGCUGCCAGAGUAGAUUUGCAGGCGUGAAUAAAAUCAGGAAUUCACAAGAACACCGAAAGACGUAUCCAUUGAGGAAACGUCUCAGCUCAUCCGUGGAUAAAAAGACAUGCUCGGUGCUCCUCACGAGACUGGAAGAUGUAGCCGGAUCCUUUUCAGAGGAAACUCAGAGCGUCAUGAAAAGAGGUCUCUCCAAUUGUGUGGAUGACUUCAGACCUGCCUGCCUUUCAGAUCAAGUUCAAGUGGGGGGAGCAGGAACGAACGACUCAUCGUUAGGGAAAUGCACAGUAUCUUGUCCAGUCACUGAGCAGGAGGGACAUGACGCCUGCCUCUCAGUGCCCAGGAAACGAAGGCUAGCCUCCCUGAAUGCAGAAGCAGUGAACAACCUGCUGUUCGAACGGGACGAUGGCCUAUUAUCUGGCAGACGUUUUCGAAAAGAUUCCACCAAAGUCAGUGGAGUUUGUUGCACUAAGACCGUAUGUUGCAAAACUCAGUGCGCUUGGCCCUUGCUGGAAAAGCAUAGCUCUAAAACAGUGAAGGGAAAGAACCAAAACGGAUCGAAUCGGAAGUGUGAUCCUUAUGACCAGUUAUUGGAUGAUGUCUUUGAUGGGAAGAGGCGGGAGGAUAGUGGGGUUUCCUACCAUCCUGCUCCAAAGAGAUUGGCCAGUCUCAAUGCAGUGGCAUUUCUGAAACUGACCCAUGAGAAAGACCACCCGCUGAAGCCGAGGAGUAAAUCGACUGGCGAGGGCAAGUCUGAAAAUCACUGUUCCAAAUCGAAGCUCAAGUGGGCCAAAGCCAACAGGAAAAAUUGUGUUAAAUCCAAAAAGGAAACGUCCACUAUAAAAAUAGAGGGUCAGCAUGGCUGGCAAGGAGUCACCGAGGGUGCAUUUAGAAAAGUAGCCCAUCAGGAUUCUCCUAGAAUCUAUGGGAAAGCAGAAACUAUCAGUUACGAACCAUUACCUAACUCUUGUGAGGGCACAGAGGGUUUCUGUCACAGGCUGCCUUUGCUUAUGGGUGGGCAAGCUUCCAUGAAGCCUGAAUAUGGAAGACCUGGAGAGAAAUCUCCUACCCCCAAGCAGGAAUUCCAUCAGCCUUCCUUCCCAGUACCUCAGUUCCAUCCUUUGCCGGUGCCAGGAAAUCAUGCGGACUGUGGCUGUGUCUAUGAAUCAUCAGGCUUGACUCCAUUAAAUGGGUUUUAUGUUUAUUAUGGUCAAAGUGGAUACAGUAGUUACACUCAUUGCUCUGUUUACCCGAAGGAUGAGUUGUCGCAGGCAACAAGUUGUGAGGGCCUUUUGGUAUCUCCAGGUUCCUUGCCAUCAGAUCCCUCGUUUCAGCCAUUUCACUGGUGCAACUCUCCAUAUUGUUGUGGAGAAGGAACAGCAAUUAAUAAUAGUUACAGCCUUUGCGGAGUUAUGCACGUCCCAGAAAGCAGAGUCAGUGGUGUGCAUAUGGGGCGGAACAGCUACCCUUAUAAGAUGCCUUUCACAGCAGACAGCUGCAAGUCCCUGGACCAGCUGAGCCUCACAAUCCCUGUGGCAGGGCACCCUGUUUCACCUGCCCACCCACUCUCAGGAUGUCCGGUACCCAGUGUGCCACCAGCUGCAGAACCCGUUCCUCACUUGCAGACGCCCAACUCAGAGCCCCAGACUAUGGCCCGCGAAUGCCCACAGAGCUCCAAGCCCCCCAGUGGCUCUAAAUCCGGUCUCCGGAAUACUACCAGCUGUUUACACGUGUCUGACAGCAAAACAGCCAGGGCUCACUCGCAUCCAAAGCAGCAGCGCAUUAACCGAAGGAGAGCCACGAACGGCUGGGUACCUGUUGGCGCAGCUUCAGAGAAGGCCGUCUACGUUGUGAACGAACCCGAGCCAGCUGUUCGCAAGAGCUACCAAGCUGUGGAGAGAGACGGAGAAAUCAUCCGGGUCAGAGACACAGUGCUCCUGAAAUCAGGACCGCGAAAGAAAUCUAUGCCUUACGUGGCAAAGAUAUCUGCUUUAUGGGAAGAUCCUAAAACAGGGGAGCUGAUGAUGAGCCUCCUGUGGUAUUACAGACCGGAGCACACUCAGGGAGGCCGCAAUCCUAGCAUGCAUCAAAACGAGAUCUUUGCAUCCCGACAUCAGGAUGAAAACAGUGUUGCCUGUAUUGAGGAAAAGUGCUAUGUUCUGACCUUUGCAGAGUACUGCAGAUUUUGUGCCUUGGCAAAGCGUCGAGUUGAGGGGAUCCCAGGCAAGAAAACUGUGAUGGUCCCUCCAUCAGAAGAGUAUUCCACCCCUGCGCAUCGCAAGGUGCCGGAGGACACAGACCCGGAGCUGGUGUUCCUCUGCCGCCACGUCUACGACUUCAGGCACGGGCGCAUCUUGAAGAAUCCCCAGUAA